AUGUCACAUCAAAUCACGGAGCAGCUAAUGGGACAGAGCCACGUGCUGACUCCCUCUGCCUUCCAGAAGAUGUCUUUCACCACCAAGCAGAGGCUGGCCAGCACCUGGGAGAUGAAUCUGCCCCAGAUUGUCCAGCUUCUAGACAGGAGUGAGACCUUCCAUCACAAGGUCUCAACAGCUGACUCAGACCAGACCUUGUUUGAUGUUUUCCCAUCAGAGGUGGUAUUUCAGAACUAUGUCCCACACAAGGUCUGUGAAAUGCCGCUGGUUCUGAGGAACAGGGACAUGUCUGGUACUUCACACAUCCCCUUCAGCCCUGAGCAGAACAAGGAUUAUUUGCACCAGCUCCUCUGCAUCACCAACAGGGGAAAGUUCAUUGUGCCAAUCCAGGCUGUUGUCUUGGGCUUCCCUGCCCAGCUGGAAUUCUCUGUCUGUCCAGUCAAGCACAGCACCCAGAAGACUCUGCUGGUUUGCAACCUUGGUACAUGCACAGGAAAUAUGAGAAAUUUGGGCCCCUUCUCUGUCAUUCCAGCUGUUGGGACUCUUGACACUGAUGACACCAUACAAAUGACAGUGGAAUUCCUUCCUCUGCAGACCAGGGAUUGUUCCACACCCCUGGUAGUGCCCUGUGGCACAGGUUCUGCCACAGGCUGUGCCUGCAGGAAAAUGCCCAGGCGGAUAAUUUUCUGGAGUGGAGUGGACACCACUCGUGGAGAACGCCUUUCCCUGCUCUCCCACAUCUUCCAGAACGAGAGGACAAAGGUGCAAGGAGAUCCCAUGCUGUUCUUUGAUGACAUUUUCACUAUUAAACCUGUGAUCCUAUUUAACAAAGGCCCUAUUGAGGCUCAUCCCUUCAGCCUCAUCCCUCCAACUACAUCUGUGGGCUCCUGCUCCACUUUUCUGCCCCAGCUGGGCAUCAUUCCACCAGAUGGGCUCCAGGCCAUCAGCAUCUCCUUCCGUACCACCAUCCCAGGGGAGUUCAAGGAAGAAUUCCAGUUCUGUGUCCCUCAAGCCCCCAAGCCUGUGACCUUGACUAUCAGGGGCUGUGUCAUUGGACCAACUUUGCAUUUUGAUGUACCUGCCCUCCCCCUUGGUGACACCUCCUUUGGCUUUCCUCGCACCUUGUCCUGCCGCCUGACCAACACCUCCCUGAUGCCCAUGGCCUUCACCCUCCGCAUUCCUGAGGACGGCUCUGGACAGCCCAGCCUCACCAGCUCGGAUCAGACAUCCAGCAACACCCACCCAUCCUGGAGAAAGGGAGCUCAGGGUCUCACGGAGCCAAUGGAAUUUACCAUAACGCCCUGCAGAGGGACCAUCUGCUCCCAGGCAUUCCAGGAUAUCCAGGCUGGCUCGUGCUCACGCUGGAGGGCUGAACCCAGUAAGGGAGUGAUCCCCCCCGAGAGCGAGGUGUCUGUGACUGUCACAGCAAACCUCGAUGACACGGGGAAAUCUGAGGACAAGGUGAAGCUGUUCAUUGAGAACAGCCCAGUGAACAUCAUCCCCGUGCAGGCUGUGGGCAUUGGCACCACAACUGUCACUGACAAACCAUUCCCUCAGGAGCUCAACUUUGGCCCCCACUUCAGCUGGACCACAGAAGGGUUCAGCAUCCUUCAGCAGCGUCGUGCCCUGGGUACCACCAAGGGCAAAGACACCCCCCAGAUCCCCGAACCUGUCAGCCCCGUGUUCAAGCUGGAACCACCACAGAUGGAGCUGGUGCCGGGCCAGACUAAGGACAUGGUGCUGGAAGGCUUCUCCAGCACCCCCCAGGUUCACAUCUUCACCACCUAA